AUAAUACACUGCUACCUAUAAAAAAAUAAAUCUGUAUAGUUCAUUUCAAGAUAUUUAGAUUGUUUAUUUAUCGUGAAUGGAAGUUGUGGUUUCAGGCUUUUCUUGAUUGUUGAAGAAUAUCCAGAAAGUGGUUUAAUUUAUAUGCUAGUGCCUAUAGAAUUUGCUUCUAGAACUAAGCUGUUUGCAAGCAAUAUGUUCAAUUAAUUGUGUCAAUUGGUGAUAAAUUCCCAAUUAGUUGUUGACGAAAUGUAUUCUAUUUGAAGGUUUGAACAUUUUCGUGCCGUAAAUACCGAAGAAGUAGGUAGAUCUAUUUGCAUUACCUGGGAUAUUUGGAACAUGAUAAUCACUAGUAUUAUAAUCUACAAACUUUGUGCUAGAAGAAUGAGAUCGGUGUGCAUAUUUAUAGCGUCGUUUGUGUUGUUCACCUCAAUCGCUAUCCUAUUGGAAAAAGAACCUGUACCAAAAGGAGACAUGGGACUGAGCAUGCAUCAAUUUUGCCAAAAAUAUGGCUACCCAAUAGAAGAGCAGACGGUGACAACAGAAGAUGGUUACAUUUUAACGAUGCAUCGAAUAAAAUGUUCUCUCAACCGCACAGGAUGUCACGAAAAAAGACCCGCUGUCCUCCUAUUGCAUGGGCUUUUGGCUAGUUCUGCUGAUUUUGUCUCGGCCCGUAAUCAAUCGUUGGCGUUUCAAUUAGUUGAUAAAGGUUAUGAUGUGUGGUUGGGCAACAAUAGGGGAAACACCUACUCAAGAAACCACAUAAUGUUAGAUCCAAAUGAAGACAAAUCAUUUUGGAACUUUAGUUUUCAUGAGACGGGAAUGUACGACCUUCCUGCAAUGAUCGACCAUAUUAUACAAAAAAGUCAAGUUUCUAAAGUUACCUUUAUCGGUAUAUCUCAAGGCUGCACAUCCUACAUGGUUUUAUCUUCAUUAAAACCCGAAUAUAACGAAAAAAUACUGCUCGCAAAUCUAGUGGCGCCUGUUACUACUUUUUAUCCUACGAAAAGUAUAGUUCUAAAAAUAUUAACGUUUUUCAAUUUUAUAGUAAAGAGAUUUCUAUAUUUUUACGGGCAUUUUGAACUAUUUGGCGAGCAACAGAUCGAAACAAAGUUAUUCAGGUAUCUGUGUAUUGGUCCUCAUAAGGUAGCCAAUUACAUUUGCUUAGAACAAAUACUGACUUAUGCAGGGGGAUUUUCCGAUCAAAGGAAUUAUGACCUCUUUCCAUUUCACCUUUCAGUGAGCCCUGCUGGUGCUUCCACUAAACAAGUAAUGCAUAUAAUUCAAAACAGAAUAUCAGGUCAAUUUGCCCAAUACGAUCAUUCUGACCAAAAUCCACAAAAGCUUACAGCUCCGAUUUAUAACGUUUCGAGAAUAACCACCCC